AUGCACACAGCCUUGAAGCGUGCCGUGUGCCGCUUGCUUCCCGCCUGCUGUGCCUGCUUCCUCUGGAGCCACCCGGAUCAGUUCCGCCCCAGCAAGUUCCUGCUGGGCGCCAGCAUUGGGGGCUGCCUCGCCCUAGGCCUCUCCCAGGUCCUCAUCGUACCCAUGAGCAUUAAGGAGAGCCACAAGGUCCAGCUGAUGUACGGACUGGCAGGCAUCAGUGCCCUGGGUUGGGGCAUCUCGCCGCACUUCCGCUGCACCAGCCUCCUCCUUGUCCCCAAGUUCCUGGGCAAGGAGGGGCGGCUCUAUGUGCUCACCUUUGUCCUGGCCGCUGUCUAUGAUGGCCCCAUCGCCAACCUGUGGCACAACCUGGAAGAGGUGGUGCGCUCCAUGGGCUGCACCGUGGAGCUACAGAUCAACCACAGCCAGAAGAUCUGGCACGUGUCCACAGCUCCCAUGCGCAUGGUGCUGCGUGACAUGGUGAGGAGUGGGCGCAGACUCAAUGAGGAGACGCAGAAUGUGUCCCGCACCUUUGCGGGGCUGAACGAGCAGGUGGCCAGUGAGGAGGGCUAUGACCUGCAGCAGCCACGCAGGCACCUGCCCCGCCAUGCCCUCAGCACCCAGACACUCUAUGAGAUGAAGACCCGAAUGCGCUGCAAGUAUGUGAUUGAUAAGGCCAUUGAGCGCUGCCAGGCCUGGUUUGAAACCAAGCAUGAAUCCUGCAUGCGGCACAUUGUGGUGCCACUCAUCAGCCACCUGCUCUGCCUUCCCAUGAAGUUCAAAUUCCUCUGCCACAUUGUCAAGGUGAUUUACAUCUGGUGCCGGGACCGCAUUCCUGUGGAAGGCAACUUUGGACAGACCUACGACAAGGUGAACGCCUCUGUCAACCACCUGCAGCAGGACUUCAGUGCCCAGCUGGUCAUCCAGGAGGAGCACCAGGACAUGCUGGUGGGUGUAAACAUAUCACGGGAGCAUCUAGUGGCAGAGGUGAUGGCCACGCUGCACCAGCGCAGUGCCCAGCUAGGCACUGCCAUGGCCGUGGUGCGCGUCCUGCUCUCCUGCACCUUCAUCUUCAUCUUUAUCUCGGCCUUCUCCUACACAAACCAGUACAACUGCAACAUCCGCUUUGACAACCUCUACAUCACCACCUACUUCCGCCAGAUUGAUGCCCGGCGCAGGCAGCAGGAGAAGCACACGCUGCUGCCCCUGCGCCGAGCUGAGGUCUCCAGCGUUGUCUUCCCCUGCCGGCUGGCCUUCCAGGUGCCCGAGCUGAAGAGCAUGGUGCUGGAGCUGCUGGACUGCAUCCCGCCCCUGCUGUUCCUGCUGCUGGCCUGGGGCCUGGAUCACUUGCUCUACACCUCGCUCAGCAUCAUCCAGCACCACUCCUUUGUGCAGUACUCCUUCCAUAGCAGCCACCACCUGGAGGUGUGGGUCGGGGGCAGGUCACUGCUGGCCCGCCUGCUGCGCAGCACUAUCGGGGCCCUGAACACGUCCUCGGAGACAGUGCUGGAGUCCAACAACCUUGCCUGCCUGCCACAGCCCCGGCACAUGGAGCAGGGCGACUACAUGGCCAGCUGUCUCCCGCUGGGUGUAUUGGUGCUGCUGUGCCUGCUGCAGGUCUACACCCACCGCUUGCGCCGCGUCAUUGCUGCCUUCUUCUUCCCCAAGCGGGAGAAGAAGCGUGUCAUUUUCCUCUACAAUGAGAUGCUGCGGAAGCGCCAGGCCUUCCUCCAGCGGCAGCGUCGGCGGGUCGCCCAGCAUGCCCAGCGCUGGGGCCUGGAGCCGCCCGUGCUGCGCUGGUGCCCACGGCUGCGCCAAUGCCCGUUGCUGCGCUGGUUGCUGCGCCGCCGCUGCGUGCUGUGCGGUUCACCGGAGGGCCCCAGUGCCCACACCUGCCCGGCGCCCUGCGGUGCCCAGUACUGCCGGCCCUGCUGGAGGGACGUGGGCCAGGCCUGCCUGGCCUGCGCCCCCGACCCCGGGCCGCCCUCAGGGGACAGCAGUAGCGAAGACCAGAUGACCUACGCGGACUGA